CUGAUGCGGGGUGUUCUUCAUUCAGCCAUUCACUGGAAACUCCAACCGCACGACCCAGAAAGGGAACUCAGACUGCCAGACUGCCCAGAAGGAGAACCUUGACCAAUAAACCAACUCGUCAUCAUUUGCCAUUUACCACCACCCAUCCACCAUCUACCGCCUUCUCGUCCUUCGCCCUUCACCUGUGAUACCCCCUGGGUGAAGUCAUAUCGAACCAUUCUCUUUAUUGUACUACAUAUCUGUGCCAACAUAUAUCAUAUCAUAUAUCUUGUAAUGACCUGAACUGUAUACGCGCAAUCGCUGCAUACUACUUGUAACUUUCGAUUCUACCUAGAUGUGAUCUUCUAACCUCUAACUUUAUAAUGAGACCCUUCCCUGGCGACGAUGCUUUCGGGCGUCAGCGAUCGGCCGACCACGAUCCGGCCCCCCUAAUGGCUUCUACUUCUAGUCAGAUGUCCUUCUUCUUCGCCGACGAAUCAUCUAUGGAUUCAUACCUCGAACAGUCGAACCCUCAUAGCCGAUUCCUUGAUGCGCGAAAGGCUGCCGCCUCUACCGUCCAUUUACCUCCUCGCAAAGAUGACAAAGACGGUGAGGCUUCGAGGCAAACCGCGGCACACCAAGAUAGAGAUUAUACAUUUGCAUACUCCCCGUCGUCGAGGGACUCGGUCUUUACACGUAGUCCGGCCUCGAUGAGGUCUCAUAACCAAUCGCCUUCGCGACCGAUAACACCUAUCAUGCUCGGGACAUCGUUGUUCACUGGAUCCGUGCUGAGUAGUCCAUCUUCAAGGAGGAACUCUUUCACAGGAUCGCUCUCGGAACAUGCCGUUAGUUCCGAUGAAGAAUCACUUGACCAUAGACCUUCGAAUAUAUUGGAUAGUGGUAGCGCUCCCCAAUUAGUUAUGCCCAGUAUCAAGAUGCCAAGUCGCCGUCCUUUUACCGAGACGGGCAAGAGUCUAGGGCGCCUCAAGGUGUUGUUCGCUGGAGAUUCUGGUGUUGGCAAGACUUCCAUGGUUAAAGCUAUCGUCCAGAUCUGCGAACAUAUCGUCCAUGUUGACCCCAUUCCGUCUCAGGCAGAGUCAAACACGCAAAAAAGCCAAAGCGCUUUGCCUAGAAAAGCAUCUGGCUCAUUACCCGGUAUAUCGGAGAUAUAUGCUAGCACCAAACCCUAUCCAGAAUGGUGGUCGACGAUAGAUGAACCUCAUGACUCACAAAGGCGCAAGAGCCUAGGCGACAGCGUCCUAGAACGUAAUGUGUGCUUCGUAGAUACCCCUGGUUAUCGUAACGGCUCAUCUGCUAUGGAGAAUAUUAUGUCGUGCAUUGAAUAUGUCGAAUCGCACUUGAACAAAAUGUCCUCAGACUCUUUGAGCGAUUCGGAUAUGCUAGAUGUGUUAGGAGGUGGCGGAGGAUUUCAAGUCGAUGUCGUCUUUUAUCUCAUCUCGCAAAAGAUGAGACCGGUUGAUUUGGAGUAUAUUCGUCGACUGAUGCCGCUGACAAAUGUGAUUCCUAUUCUGGCUCGAGCCGACUCGGUUUCACCGAAACAGCUCGCAAUAUGCAAGGAGCAAAUCGCCAACCAGCUGCAAGAGGCGGGUCUGAAACCGUUCAGCUUUGCGUCAGUAGACCAGGGGUCUGGUGUGCGGGUGCCGAGUAUCCCUUAUUCCGUAUCCAGUGCGACAGGGUCAGAUGACGACAUAAUGGAUGCAAGCCUUCUCAUGAGUCCAGAUUAUGUUCAACCUUUAAUGACAUCGGAUCUGGGAUAUCUUGUAGAGAACGUGUUUAGCCCUAACGGAAUAUCUUGGCUACGACAUACCGCAACAAAGAAAUACCUCGAAUGGAGGAACACGACUCCAUCACGGCCUCGCCAUUUAUAUAGGCCAUUGACUCCUCCUGGCCCGGGGACAUCAUUAGCUCUGGCUACACGCCCAGAAAAUGCAGCAAGAGAAUGCACGGCCUUGGCAUUAACUUGUCUUAACGACCAACAUCGGGAUCACGGACCCCCGCAGCUUCGUGUAGUAGACUGGGCGGCUGAUCUCCAGCGUAGCCUUUCAUGCGAGCGUACUCGAUAUGAGGCACUUGCUCGUGGUGAGCGUGCCGUUUGGCUUACGGGGGGGUUAAACGGAUGUGUGCAAGAUGGCACACUUGUGGCUCUGAGGAAGGUUAGGGGCAAGAACUCAAUAGAGACCGGGAAGUCCUCUAGACGAAGGUUUUCGACGAAGACGACACAGAGCCAAGAUCCGCUAGGAUUGCUUCAGGUCACGGCGGAUCUGAAGGCUAAGGGAUGGGUUGCCCUUGAGGUUAUAGGUAGUCUCGGAGUCAUCGGUGGAUUGGCAUUCUGGGUAUCAAGGCAGCAUUGGCACAUGGAACCUGUUCAACUUGCGGAUGAGUGGGCAAGACAUUGGGGGAUGGAUAUAUAAGAUACCAUAAUUGUACGAAAUGAUUUAGUAGUAGUAGUGGUAGUAACUCUACUCAACGAGAUAGUGCUGGCUUUGCCAAAUACACCCAACUUUUAAUACCAUCUGUUUCCUUGCGAUAAUGGGGUGAAAGUGGUCAGGCGUUGAGUUGAGUCUCGGUAGGGUUUGAUAUCCAUGUAUGUCUAAGAAUACGAGCUCCAAAUACAGAUCAUAUAUAAAGUGAUAGGAAAUUUGAGAGCAUCUCGUUCUG